AUGCCAGCUGCAACACUGUCACAAGACACUAUACAACCUGGCAACACAGCAGACUCACAAGACACUACACAACCUGGCAACACAGCAGACUCUCACAAGACACUACACAACCUGGCAACACAGCAGACUCUCACAACACACUACACAACCUGGCAACACAGCAGACUCUCACAACACACUACACAACCUGGCAACACAGCAGACUCUCACAACACACUACACAACCUGGCAACACAGCAGACUCUCACAAGACACUACACAACCUGGCAACACAGCAGACUCUCACAAGACACUAUACAACCUGGCAACACAGCAGACUCUCACAAGACACUACACAACCUGGCAACACAGCAGACUCUCACAACACACUACACAACCUGGCAACACAGCAGACUCUCACAACACACUACACAACCUGGCAACACAGCAGACUCUCACAAGACACUAUACAACCUGGCAACACAGCAGACUCUCACAAGACACUACACAACCUGGCAACACAGCAGACUCUCACAACACACUACACAACCUGGCAACACAGCAGACUCUCACAACACACUACACAACCUGGCAACACAGCAGACAGUCAGAUUCCUGCAGCACUCAAGCUCUCACUCCACAUUGAAGUCUAAGCUCAUACCCACCUUUAAGCUCUCAACCCCCGGGUCAGCUCAAGCUGUCUGCUCCAGGCUCAGCUCAAGCUGUCUGCUCCAGGCUCAGCUCAAGUGGUCUGCUCCAGGUUCAGCUCAAGUUGUCUGCUCCAGGCUCAGCUCAAGCUGUCUGCUCCAGGCUCAGCUCAAGCUGUCUGCUUCAGGCUCAGCUCAAGUGGUCUGCUCCAGGCUCAGCUCAAACUGUCUGCUCCAGGCUCAGUUCAAGCUGUCUGCUCCAGGCUCAGCUCAUGCUGUCUGCUCCAGGCUCAGCUCAAACUGUCUGCUCCAGGCUCAGCUCAAGCUGUCUGCUCCAGGCUCAGCUCAAACUGUCUGCUCCAGGCUCAGUUCAAGCUGUCUGCUCCAGGCUCAGCUUAAACUGUCUGCUCCAGGCUCAGCACAAGCUGUCUGCUCCAGGCUCAGCUCAAGCUGUCUGCUCCAGGCUCAGCUCAAGCGCCCUUGUCUCAACUAUAACGACUCCCCACUACAGCCGACCGCUGUAACCAGGACAGUCUUCAGUACACCACAAACACCACUAUACUCUGCUGUACUCUGCUGUACUCUGCUAUACUCUGCUAUACUCUGCAGUACUCUGCUGUAUUCUGGUAUACUCUGCUAUACUCUGCUGUACUCUGCUGUACUCUAA